CGCAAUACAUGCUCUGAUUAAAACUAGUACAAUGAUUCAAUUUUCGAGUGAAAUUUGGCCGGCCUGUCUUCACACAGAUCUUCGGGAUGAACAUCCCGAUGUAAAACUAGUCGUUACAGGCUGGGGCAGUACCGUACCAGAAGGGACGGCAUCUCAUAGGUCAAACGAUUUGCUAAAAGCCCAACUUCAGACAGUUCCACUCACGGAAUGCAAUGAAUUGUUUAAAGAAUAUCAACAAUUUACGAAGGAACCGGGUCUUCAAAAUAUUGGUCAAAGUCAAUAUUGCGCAUACGAUCCAAAUGGAAAGAAUGAUAGUUGCCAGGGUGACUCCGGUGGACCUCUUCAUAUUAGUAAUCCAUUGCAGGCAUCAGUAACGAUUGUUGGCGUCGUUUCAUAUGGCAUUGGUUGCGCUGCAUUACCGGGAAUUUACACAAGAGUCGCAUACUAUUUGGAUUGGAUUGAACCGAUCGUGUGGCCGAACGGGGUUAUUCCGAAACCAACAAAUUCAUUAUAUAGAGAGAUUUAAGAAUGUUAUGCCUUAGUUGUUAGUUAAAAACAUGACAUCUGGACGGAUUGGUUUUAUUUUUCAUGAAAUAUGUUUAUAAAAUAAUUUGAAUAAAAAAACAAUAAAGAUUUUUGUUAUUUUUUUAAA